AUGAGUAAGACACACCCACCGGAGUUAAAGAAGUAUAUGGAUAAGGAAAUGGAUCUGAAACUCAAUGGAAAUCGUCGUGUAUCAGGAGUACUCAGAGGAUUUGACCCGUUUAUGAACAUGGUUAUUGAGGAUGCCAUUGAGUACCCGAAAAACGGUGAUCCAGUUUCACUCGGAAUGGUUGUGAUUCGUGGAAACUCUGUUGUCAUAAUGGAGCCGAAGGAAAGGAUUUCAUAA